AUGGAUCAAAUGAUUGCAUUGAGCACUCAAAAUCCACUGUCAUUGCUAAUGAAAUUCGGAAUGAUGGCUUGGAAUGGCACUUGCAAUGAUAAUUGUUCUGGCCAUGGAGAGUGUCACAACGGGACUUGUUUAUGUGAGAUACAAUUUGAUGGCAGUGAUUGCCAUGUCCCGAAUUCGAGCUACUACAUAGCAUUUGCGACAAUGUUUUUCAUACUUGCGUUUGUGUGUCUAACGCAACUGGUGAUGUGCAUUGUUGCCGAGUGGCAGAAAAUGAAAGCACCCUCAUUUUUGCGCGCUUGCAGAGUAACUACCCAGAAAGUGCUGUACUUUAUUGUCUUUCUAGCAACUGCUGUACGAGGAGCUUACUUUACUUGCCCAACUGCACUCGCAGAGGGCUGGUCGAGAACACUAUCAUCAACCUACUACCCACUGUUACUAAGCGGAUCAUCUUUAAUAGUUUGUUUCUGGGCAGAAGUAUUUCAUGUCCCGGAUAUCCGCACAGAGAAACCACUUUUCUUAUCAAAAUCUUUCUUAGCAUUCGUCGUUUUCAAUAUCAUAAAUUACUCUUUACUGCUCGCUGAGUUGAUCACGUCCCAGAUGAAAUCGGAAGUCGACCAGAGCUUCUAUACAAAUGUUUUCAAUGGUUGUUAUGCUGUACUGCUAUUUAUUGUCGUUGUUUUCUAUUUGAUCUACGGCGUUGAAGUAUUUUUCAAGAUUCGUGGUGGAUUUAUUGUUAAAUAUCAAGAAAUAUCGAUUGCAACGAAUGUCCGUACUCCGGGUGAAGAUAAAAAUAAUGAGGAACCAACAACCGCUAAAUUAUUUGAGCCAACGCCAUCGACUUCCGCGGAACCUAUUAAUGUUUCUCAUCAUGUCAAUACAUCGCAAUUGAAUCAGUCACGAUUUGGAAUCCUGUCACAGGCAUUUAUGUUAUUCAUCGUAAUAGUAUUUUUAUUUAGUGAAACAUUGAGUGAAUUUUGGAAAACCAAGGUUCCAUUAGUGAGUCGUAAUUAUCACAAUAUUGUUUUUCACUUAAUUGAAGUUGGUGUAGCUCUUUGGUUCCCUUGUGUACUUUGGAACUGUAUGAGCCCGGAACGUUUGUGGAUACUAAACCCAAAAAGAAUUUUAAAACACUUGGACUUGGACCAAUCAAAGUAUCCAAGAGAAGGAGACUUUCAGGAAAAGCGUUGCCCAAUUGACACUAAAUUGCUCACUGAUAAUGCAUCAGUCAACAGUAAAGAUUGUUGGAUCUGCUAUGAUAGCGAGACACAGAAUGCUGGCCCGUUGAUACAGCCGUGUCAGUGUCGGGGUGAUGUUAGUACUGUUCAUCAUGAUUGCCUGCGUCGAUGGCUAGUUGAGAGCUCAAUGAAUGCAGAUAGUUUGACGUGCAAAGUCUGCGGUAGCAAGUACAAUGUUGAACAUGCCACUAAAUUGGAUUGGCAAAAUAGCAUGACGCCGCGUCAUUGGAUUACAACAAUUGCUACGGUAACAGCAAUGUGCGGAUCAUUUGCGGCUGCUUGGAUUCUUAUUCAAUUUGUCGAAAGUCCAAUCAUACGUAUGCUUGCUGCUGGUGCUGCUUUGCUGGUUAUGUAUGUCUGUAUAAGGUAA